AAAGUGCUUCUAACCCAAACGCAGUUGAUAACAACGUCCAAUACUGUUGCACCAAGUUCAGUGAAAAGUGCAUUUUAAGAGUCGCAAACCUAAAAAAAAUCGUACAAAUUCAAUCUAACUUUCAAAAAAUUGUGUUUAGUUUGUGUGAAGAAAAGUUCAAAGUCAAAAUGUGGUACAACAAAUUUAACUGGACUAUUUUGGUAUUUCUGGUGCUCUUUACACUCGUGACAGGCUCCUGCCUGGAAUAUGGACACUCCUGUUGGGGUGCACACGGCAAACGCUCGGGCAACAGGGCAGUAGUUGCAGCUAAGCAGGCUACACCCUAUGGCGAUAAUUUAGCUGACCAGCUCCUCGACAAUAACAACAAUAACAAUAUUAACCUUAUGGAUGACGACAGCAACAAAAGCGACAACAACAAUAAUAAUAAUAAGCUCAAUGAUUUGUUGCUGCCCUCAGCGGCCUUGCCACCACCAAGGGAGGAGGAGGGGGACGCAGCGUUGUCGCGUGAUUUCAACGAUGGAGGCAAAUGGAGGCAGCUGCUGCGCCAGCACCGCUACCAGCUGAAGCAGCUGCAGCGUCAGUUCGAUGCCACCGAUGCGGCUGAGAGUUGGCGCAAGUUGCAACAGGCGAUGGCCGAGGCAGAAAAACAGCGACGACAACAACAACAACAGCAACAGCUGCCAAUUGGCGAUUUCUUUGAACUCAAAAAGUGAACUUUGACCCGUAAUUGCUAAAUAAACAAACGAUACACACACACACACACACACAUGCAUACACACACUGAAACGAAAACAAUUAAACGAUAUUUAUGCCAUCAUUCCGAGUGAUCUGCACACAAGCCUCGCAUUGCAUGCUAUGGCCUAAUUAAUAGCACAAAUUGCGCAUACGCAACGUUGGUCAGCAGGCAAAGCGAAAAGAUACAUCUACCUAUAUAUGUAUACAUUCAUAAUAAAAUUAAAUGUAAUUGAAAAUAGGUUUUUUCUUUUGUUGUUUCGUCUCAUUGUUUUUUAUAUGUAAAAUGUGUAUUUAAUCUGUUAUCUGUAAUAUUUAAUGUUUAAUAUUUAAUUGUGCAAUUAUUAACCACACAUUAUAUAUAUGCAUUAUUCAUAUAUGUUGCAAGCACAAUAUUGCGUCACUGGCUGGAUGCCGCAAUAUUGACCACAGUUGUUUAAACAAUUCUAUAUUAACUUAACUAAUCGUUACUCUUAUCUACUUUAAUAAUAACAAAUAAAACUUAUAACCUUACGACGCGACUCA